AUGAGAUUAAUACGAAAAGACAAACCUUUCAGCCAGAGGAUUACAAGAUGGGAUCGAAUUCGUAAACGAAAUGACUGUAAAAAUUCUUGUUCAAUUAAUUCAGGCAUUGUACAAUAUUUCUUUUGGAAGGAGUACAUCAGCCCAUAUGAUAAUUCAGUGCUAUGUGGCAAAAACGAACCAAACAAAGCACUAAAUCCUUUGGUAGUUAUGGAUAUACGUCAUGAAAUGUUUCAAAAGACACCACGAAAAUCGGCGCUGGUUACAGUGGGCGGCCAGCGUACGUUAGACGCGUGUAUAUCACAUAAUCUGGUUGUAGAGGAUCGUUACAUCAACAACGAACUAAAAAAAAUCCGCCAGCAGUUACGAAACAAUACUAAACGAAAUACAGAUAAAAAGGAAUUUACAGAAGAGCACAAACAAGAUGUAAGUAUUUUGGACAACAGUUUUCUAAUACAAGGCUUAGAAAGAGCAACUAAGCAUAUGGAGAACUUUUACACAACACCUCUGGAUGUAUUGCAAGCAAUUGAAGUGUUAUCUGCCACCGAAACAAAUAAGAACGACACACAAGAGCAUAAAUUAACUCCAAAGAAUGGCUUUGGAAUAAUUGAGGCAAUCUUUACGGAUGAAGUGGACAAAAAGAAAUAUACAAUGAGCGCAGAAACCGUUUUAAGCAAACAUAUUAACCCUCAAGCAAAGGAAUAUGAGUACAAAAUUGUGUCUGAUAGCAAUUUAAAAAUAGAAAAUCCGCUUAUUUACAAAUUCUCGAAUGAAUACAAAAAUCCCAUUGCUCCUAAUACUGCAACUGAUAGUUAUUUAUAUCAAACGCGAUGUGUACGUUUUGAUGAAUCGGUAGAAGUAAGAAACUUUAAUCGAGAUAGCUCUAAACUUUCGAAUACCAGUUGUAGAAUUGAUUUGGCUGUAUCGGAUAUAACUGAGGAGGCACUUUUUGAACUGCAAAUUGCAGCUGAAGAAAAAUUGACUCAAAAAACACGGUUCGAAUCAGUAGCAAAUAAACCGCCACCAACUGAUUUCAAUAAAUCUUUAAAAUGCUCUCAAAAGUCUCUAAAAGUUAAAAAUGCAUCAGAGCUCCUGAUUAUUAAAAAAAUAAAUAAUGCGAAUCAAGUAGAUUAUGAUCAUAUUACUCCUGAAGAGGUAGAAGAAGAAAGCAUUUCCAGCUUUGAAGAAAACUUAAGUAUUACACAACUCUUCCAGCCAAGAGCCAACACCACUCCCACAUUGCUACGAAAAUAUUUUUUUAAUUGGAUUCAUUUCGUCACCAUUGAGAAAAUUGAUCGCGAAAAUGUGUCUAUCAAGGAUAAUCGCAUACAUAAAAUUAGUUUGUUUUUGGACAAAAUACGGAAGGAAAAAUUGCGCUUGAUGCGUAGUUACCGUCAAUUUACUGCUGCACUGGGCCGUAGGGCAGCUCAACCCAAACCAGGGGUUUCAACACGAGUAACAAAAAAAUAUCUAAACAAAAUCAGGAUUCAACAGGACAUCAUAGAGCUACAACGACUAAAGCUUGAGCGCCAAGAGCGUGUUAUUAUGGAAUUAAAUUUUUAUAAGUUAUCUUCCGAGGCCAAAGAAGAUCGUCAAGAUUUAAAAAACGAAUUGAAGUCGAUUAUACACCAUGGUAACCCAAAGUUCAAAGCAAAAGCAAAAUACCUACAGCUUAUUGGUAACCUGCGAGAAGAAAAUGACGAAAACAUGGCGAGUUUGCAGGGGAAAGCCAUGAUUAUGCCAAAAUUUGUACUUAAAAUGCAAGACCGCGCAAUGGAAAGAAGCAUUCGUCAUGAGAAAGCGCGUCAACGACGAUUGCAGCAGGAUGCUGAAAAUGAAGCUCAAAAAAUGGCUGUCGAGGAAGCGAAG